AUGUCUGAAGUACAGGGAACAGUGGAGUUUUCGGUGGAGCUGCACAAGUUUCACAAUGUCGAUCUGUUCCAAAGAGGGUUUUACCAGGUUCGCGCAGGGUUGAAAGUGUCGCCGCGUGUGCCGCACAGGCUGAUAGCGACAACACAAAAUAACACAGAAGAAUGCAGCUUCAGCUCUCCGGGGGUCUACGACGGCUCUGUGUUCAGCCGAAUCGUGCAGAUCCUCUACAGGAACGAGGAGAUCACUGUCAACGACUGCAUGGUCUUCAGAGUGCACCUGCUGCUGGACGGAGACAGAGUGGAGGAGGCUCUGAGCGAGGUGGACUUUCAGCUGAAGCUGGAUCUCCAUUUCACUGAUAAUGAACAACAGUUAGCAGAGAUAGCGGCCGUGCCUCUGAUCAGCUCCCGCACUCUGAGCCUGCACUUCCACCCGCGCAGAGGCCUACACCACCAUGUCCCCGUCAUGUUCGACUACUUCCACCUGUCGGUCAUCUCCGUCUCCAUCCACGCUUCACUGGUGGCCUUACAUCAACCACUCAUCAGCUUUGCACGGACAGGAAAGAGCUCGUGGCUGGGGAAGGGCUCACCGGAGAGUGCAGGAGACGCGUCGGCUCUAGAGAACCUGGUGUUUGGAGCUGGCUACUGCAAACCUGUCAUCUCCGAGGGGAGUUUUUACGUGGCGAGUGAGAGCUGUGCACACAGGGCUCACACGUGGCACCGUAGACUGUGUCGCCUCCUGCUGGCGGCUCAUAGGGGACUGCACUCGUAUCACACGGCGCUGAUGAAGGAGAUCCCUCAGCUCCAGCAGACGCCGCUAGAGCCGGAACCUCUGCCUCUGGAUGAGACCUUAAACCAGCUCACGAUAGAACUGCAGUUGCAGGAGGGCCAUGAGAAGGUGGCCGAGCAGAUCAGCAGAGACGUGAGCCAUCUGUGCUCCCAGCUCACUGCUCUGUGGAGUCACUUCCUGGAGACGGUGCUUGUGAACCCUCACAUCCUGUCCUACCUGGCCCAGGAGCACCACACGCUCAGGGUGAGAAGAUUUUCUGAAGCUUACUUCUUUACUGAACAUCCCAAAGAAUUAUCCCUGAUAUUUCAAGAGCAACUCAUCAGCAGACAUGGACAGAUAGCGACAGACGUGCGGAGCUCCGAGUACCUGACCAAGAUGCCUCCUUUACCCGUCGAGUGCCUGGACAUCGAUGGAGACUGGACCAGUCUGCCCAUCAUCUUUGAGGACAGAUAUGUGGAGUCACCGGUCACAGACUGCCUCUCAGAAAAGCCCAAGCUACACAAGGAGCCAAAGAAGUCCCAUCCGACUCACAUCUUUGAAGAAAACCGCAGCGAUGGGCCACCAGGACUGGGCCAGGAUCCAACCGACAGUGAUGAAAGCAUGGACCUGCCCGCCUACGUGUCCCUGAUGUCCGAGCGGAGCCACACUGGAAACGACAAACUCCAUUUUACUAGUCAUGUUACUGAAGCUACACAUAUGGAAAAAGUAGAAACUGUAAAUAGCACAGAAAAGUUGAAAGAAGUCAGUAGUAGCAAUAUUUCUCCCCAAAAUGCAAAUUCCCUUCAAAGCAAAGCAAAAGACGAAGAAUCUGAUAUCGCCAUGCCCCUACAUCAAUCCAUAGACAACGAUCCUGAAGAUGUCCCACUAUUAACUAUACAAACACCUCAUUCUAUUACCCCAGAUGUCUGUAAGGACUUCACUCUCCGAAGUAGUCUCAUAGGGUCAAAGUUCAUCAAGCGCUCCUCGUCCGUCAUUUCCGACUCAGGUAUCGAAAGCGAGCCCAGUUCUGUCGCGUGGCCCGUAGAAUCGUUGCGAAUUGUUCAACCGUCAGAUUUCUCCAGCGAAAGAGAAAUCCCGGAACAAAUCGUUUCGAGACUUCCAAUCCAUCAGAGCUCGUUGGAAGGCCUCUUAAUGGAAAGCAACGGGAGUAUUCCAAGUGGAGGGAUUCAGGCUUCGUUGAAUUCGAUCAGUUCGUUGCCCUAUGAGGAGGAUCCACACAGGCAGCUUAGAAAGUUAACGAAAUCCAUGUCCGCUCCGCAAAUAAAUAGUCCAGAGGAAAGCGGUGACAGAAAUUUAGCGUUAAGUGAAGAUAUUUCCUCUAAUAAGGAUUCGCAACAAUCAGAUCAAGCACUUUUAGACGGGCACAUGGACAGUUCUAGUUUGGUCGUAUCAGUCAAUGAUUCAAAUCACCAGCAAAAUACAACAAAAUCAGAUUUAAAUGUCAAGUCAAAACUGUUACAAGAAUCAAUAGAUGGCGCUAAAGCUCAAGAUAUCAGCGUGGUAAAUUGGAGAACUAGAAGUGAAGGGAAUGUGUCAGUUGAGGAUGUGCAUCUGAUUGAAACAAAUGGACACUUAAACCAACUGAAAGCGGAGGAUACAGACAUACAGAAUAAGUACAUCAGAACAAGAAACGAUCGCAAAAGCGUAAGUGAGUCCAAUCUGCUUGACGUCCAAUAUAAGGACUCUAGCAAUGAAAACAGACACAACAGCGCCACCACCCUUAGACCAACAGAACUGACGGGGCUCAAUAAUGUCACUGCCAUAUCAUCUCCGCAACUAAACGGGACUCUAACCGGGGAUAAGGAGCAUUUGGACGGGCAAAGUAAGGCUAAGAUCCCCAACUCUGGCUUGGCGUUUGUGAAUAAAAAGAUGGUGGAGGUGGUUAACAUGUCGGUGUCCUGUGCGCCCACGUGCCUGCCCUUCUCCUCAGCUCUCAGAGAAUCGCCGUCCAUAAGUGGCAUGUCCACCCGCCAAGCUACCUCGCCAAUUACCCAUCAGCCCCUGGGCUCCUUCGGAAUCAUCUCGUCAAACUCGAUGAAUCCCCUGAACAUGGAUGAAGAGACCAACGAGCGCAUGCUGAAUUUCUACAAAGCCAAAGAGGGCCUGCUGCAUGAGUUGAGCUUUGCGGGUGGCCUGUACAGCGACCUCCCUGAGCUGGCCUCCGAUCUGCCCUACUUCCCGCCUGAAGAGGACGAUGAGGAGUUUGAGGACGGCAUACAUUUGGUGGUGUGUGUCCAUGGGCUGGAUGGAAACAGCGCAGACUUACGACUGGUGAAGACUUUUAUUGAGUUAGGCCUGCCUGGCUCCAGGCUGGACUUCCUCAUGUCUGAGAGAAACCAGAUCGACACAUUUGCUGAUUUUGACACCAUGACGGACAGGCUGCUGGACGAGAUCAUUCAGCACAUUCAGCUGUACAACCUCACCAUCGGACGAAUCAGCUUCAUCGGUCACUCUCUGGGGAACAUCAUCAUCCGUUCUGUUCUGACCAGGCCGAGGUUCCGCUGCUACCUGCCCAAACUGCACACCUUCCUGUCUCUGUCCGGCCCACACUUAGGAACGCUCUACAACAACAGCACACUGGUCAGCACCGGCCUGUGGUUAAUGCAAAAGCUGAAAAAGUCCGGCUCCCUGCUGCAGCUCACCUUCCGAGAUCACGUGGACCCGCGAAAAACAUUCCUCUAUCUGCUCAGCCAAAAACCAGGGCUGCAGUUUUUCAAGAACGUGGUGUUGGUGGCUUCUCCUCAGGACCGCUAUGUCCCAUUCCACUCUGCCAGAAUAGAGAUGUGUAAGACUGCGCUCAAAGACAGAACCACAGGUCCCGUGUACACUGAGAUGAUCAACAACCUGCUGCUGCCGCUGGUGGAGGCUAAAGACUGCCAGCUCAUCAGACAGAACGUUUUCCACGCCCUGCCCAACACAGCGAACACGCUGAUCGGACGCGCCGCACACAUCGCUGUCCUGGACUCGGAGCUAUUUCUCGAGAAGUUCUUCUUAGUCGCGGGCCUCAACUACUUUAAAUAACACUGCUACUGGUUAUUGUGAAGUUUAUAUAAUGUAAGUACAAGCGUCAAGAUUAGGACCAUGAACGACCAGAUAUGAAGGAGCAACUUCAAAUGACGUGUAGCCAUGCAAAAUUCAGCAUCUGGAGUAAAGAUGUUGUGUAGGCCUUAUAAAUAUCUAAAAUCUAUAUGAAGCUCUUAAGCAUUUGACUACUUACCCUUUAGGGCUGGUUUAGACCCUUUACAUGUUGUAAAUAUAUAUAUAAAUAUAUCUUUCACACUGAAUGCACUAUAGCAAGUGGAUUGAAAGGUCAGUAGGUUAGUUUGUUUUGGCCUUUAGAACCCAGGCAAUAGAAAAGCAUUUACUCCCUGAUUGUAUAUCACUAACCUGUACAGUAUAGAUGUUCAUUUAUACAAAAAAAUAAUAUAUUGUUUAGAAU